AUGAAGAAGUUUUUCGACUCCCGGCGAGAGCAGGGCGGCUCUGGCCUGGGCUCCGGCUCCAGCGGAGGAGGGGGCAGCACCUCGGGCCUGGGCAGCGGCUACAUCGGAAGGGUCUUUGGCAUCGGGCGGCAGCAGGUCACGGUGGACGAGGUGCUGGCGGAAGGUGGAUUUGCUAUCGUGUUUCUAGUAAGGACAAGCAAUGGAAUGAAAUGUGCCUUGAAACGCAUGUUUGUCAACAAUGAGUAUGAUCUCCAAGUGUGCAAGAGAGAAAUCCAGAUAAUGAGGGACUUGUCGGGACACAAGAACAUUGUGGGUUACAUUGAUUCUAGUAUCAACAAUGUGAGUAGUGGUGAUGUAUGGGAAGUGCUCAUUCUGAUGGACUUCUGUAGGGGAGGCCAGGUGGUCAACCUGAUGAACCAACGCCUGCAAACAGGUUUUACAGAGAACGAAGUGCUCCAGAUAUUUUGUGAUACCUGUGAGGCUGUUGCCCGCCUCCAUCAGUGCAAAACUCCUAUUAUUCACCGUGACCUGAAGGUUGAAAAUAUCCUCUUGCAUGACCGAGGCCACUACGUCUUGUGUGACUUUGGAAGCGCCACCAACAAAUUCCAGAAUCCGCAAGCUGAGGGAGUGAAUGCAGUAGAAGAUGAGAUUAAGAAAUACACAACGCUAUCCUAUCGAGCACCAGAAAUGGUCAACCUGUACAGUGGCAAAAUCAUCACUACGAAGGCAGACAUUUGGGCUCUUGGAUGUUUAUUGUAUAAAUUAUGCUAUUUCACUUUGCCAUUUGGGGAGAGUCAAGUGGCAAUAUGUGAUGGAAACUUCACAAUUCCUGAUAACUCUCGAUAUUCCCAAGACAUGCACUGCUUAAUUAGGUAUAUGUUGGAACCAGACCCUGACAAAAGGCCGGAUAUUUACCAGGUCUCCUACUUCUCAUUCAAACUACUCAAGAAAGAAUGCCCGAUUCCAAAUGUUCAGAACUCUCCCAUUCCUACAAAGCUUCCUGAGCCAGUGAAAGCCAGCGAGGCAGCUGCUAAGAAGACCCAGCCAAAGGCCAGACUGACAGAUCCCAUUCCCACCACAGAGACUUCCAUUGCACCCCGCCAGAGGCCUAAAGCUGGGCAGACUCAGCCAAACCCAGGAAUCCUUCCCAUCCAGCCAGCCCUGACACCUCGAAAGAGGGCCACAGUUCAGCCCCCACCUCAGGCUGCAGGACCCAGCAAUCAGCCUGGUCUUUUAGCCAAUGUUCCCCAAUCAAAAACUCAGCCUCCAGCCAGCCAGCCUCUACCACAAUCCCAGCCCAAACAGCCACAGGCUCCACCCACCCCACAACAGCCGCCUUCCACUCCUGCCCAGGGUCUGCCCACUCAGGCCCAGGCCACACCCCAGCACCAGCAGCAACUCCUCCUCAAGCAGCAACAGCAGCAGCAGCAGCCACCUCCGCCACCACCAUCACAGCAGCCAGCAGGCACAUUUUACCAGCAGCAGCAGCAGCCACAGGCACAGGCUCAACAGUUUCAGGCAGUACACCCAGCAACCCAGCAACCAGCAAUUUCCCAGUUCCCUGUAGUGUCCCAAGGAAGCUCUCAACAGCAGCUGAUACAGAACUUUUACCAGCAGCAGCAGCAGCAACAGCAGCUGGCCACAAACCUGCAUCAGCAACAGCUGCUGACUCAGCAGGCCGCUGUGCAGCAAAAGCCUGCUGUUGCCGCAGUACAGCAGCCCCAGGCUCAGCCAGCCGCAGCCCCACAGCAGUCCCCUGCCCAGGAGCCAACGCAAAUACAAGCCCCAGUAAGACAACAGCCAACAGUUCAGACAACCCCACCUCCUACUGUCCAGGGACAGAAACUUGGAUCUCUCACUCCUCCAUCAUCCCCCAAGACUCAACGUGCUGGACACAGGCGGAUUCUCAGUGACGUAACCCACAGUGCAGUCUUUGGGGUCCCUGCCAGCAAAUCAACCCAGCUGCUCCAGGCAGCUGCAGCUGAGGCCAGUCUCAAUAAGUCCAAGUCUGCAACCACCACUCCAUCAGGCUCUCCUCGGACUUCCCAACAAAAUGUUUAUAAUCCUUCAGAAGGUUCUACGUGGAAUCCCUUUGAUGAUGACAAUUUCUCCAAACUCACAGCUGAAGAACUGCUAAAUAAGGACUUUGCCAAGCUGGGAGAAGGCAAACAUCCUGAGAAGCUUGGAGGCUCAGCUGAGAGUUUGAUCCCAGGCUUUCAAUCAACCCAAAGUGAUGCUUUUGCCACUUCUUCAUUUUCUGCAGGAAAUGCUGAAAAAAGGAAGGGUGGACAGGCUGCGGAUUCUAGCCUCCCACUUCUAAGCGUGUCUGAUCCUUUCAUUCCUCUUCAAGUACCUGAUGCACCAGAAAAGCUAAUUGAGGGACUCAAAUCUCCUGACACUUCUCUUCUGCUCCCUGACCUCUUGCCCAUGACAGAUCCUUUUGGCAGCACUUCCGAUGCUGUAAUUGAAAAAGCUGAUGUUGCUGUUGAGAGUCUCAUACCAGGACUGGAGCCCCCAGUGCCCCAGCGCCUCCCAUCUCAGACGGAGUCUGUGACCUCGAACCGCACAGAUUCUCUCACUGGGGAAGAUUCCCUGAUUGAUUGCUCUCUGCUUUCUAACCCUACUACUGACCUUCUGGAAGAGUUUGCCCCCAUAGCGAUCUCUGCUCCAGCUCAGAAAGCUGCAGAAGAUAGUAAUCUCAUCUCAGGUUUUGAUGUCCCUGAGGGCUCGGACAAGGUGGCAGAAGAUGAGUUUGACCCUAUUCCUGUAUUGAUAACCAAAAACCCACAAGGUCUCCAGAGGGAGCCCAAUCCCUGUCCUGUAAUAACCGUAGAGCACUUUAAAGAAUCAACGGGCGUUAAAGGCCUGCCCCUGUAUCCAGACCCCUCCAGGGUACCCGACACAAAAGCACAGAACAGCUUAGAGUCCGACUACUUGGCCAGAGAUGGCCCUUCGAGCAACAGCUCGUUCCACAGCAGCGAGGAGGAAGGGACUGACCUCGAGGGGGACAUGCUAGACUGCAGCGGGUCUCGGCCUCUCCUCAUGGAGUCUGAAGACGAGGACGAGGGCUGCAAGCCUCUGCAGGGGAAGCUGGCGGGAGCCACUCCGUUCGCUCAGCCAGAGGUCCCCCCGGAGCAAGCAAAGGCAGUGCCAGGUGGAAAAAAGAACCAGUUUCAAGCCCCCACACAGCCAACCGCUGAUGGGGUCGGUGAGCCGGAUGUCUUUGCCACAGCCCCCUUUAGGAGCUCAAGGGUUCCCACGGACGAAAUGGACAUUUUCUCCAAAGCCCCCUUUGUCUCCAAGGGCAGUGUGGCUCCUUCCCAGCCAGAGGAGGCGGAUGUGUUCCUAAGAGCUCCUUUUACCAAGAAGAAAAGUGUGGAGGAGAUACCAGUUGCCCAGAGCGCCUCCCAGGAGUUGCCCACACAGGCUGGUCUUCUCGGCCAGACAGACGAGGCCGCUCAGCUCUCAGGCCUCGACAGAGCGGUGUACUCCUCGGUCCGAUCUCAGUAUCCCAUGGCUGGUUUUGCCCAACAGUCCAACCUCCCCUCCCAUUCUGUACAAGCAGCAGACCAUCCUGACAGCAUCUCCCCCAGGGGAGCCUCCCUGGAAUCGGGGGGCCAUCUGAACGACAGAAACAAAGGACCUCAGCCUCAGAAAGAAGCUGCCUCGGGCCCCAUGGCUGGCAAAUCAUUCCGCCCCCAGUCUUUAUCCAAGUAUUCCCGUCACUAUAGCCCAGAAGAUGAGCCAAGCCCUGAAGCCCAGCCCAUUGCUGCCUACAAAAUUGUUUCGCAGACCAACAGGCAGUCCAUAGCGGGCUCUGUUUCCAUCACAUCCCUUCCUUCCAGGACUACGGAGCUGCCAGCUGCUGAUCCUUUCGCUUUAGCACCCUUUCCUUCAAAAUCAGGCAAGCAGAAACCUUAG